AUCUUUAGCACACUUCUUCUUUGACAUCUGGAGCCGACGAGGAAGCCAAUUUUUGGGUGUGUGCCUGGAAAGAGUGGAGCACAGCAAGGAAAGCACUCGCAGCCGAUCUCAUCGCACAGCUUGUCCUUGCAUCUUCUCGGGUCGCACUAUGAAGGCGGGCACAAACGAAAGAGUUGUCUCAGGCGCGUGUAGCGCAGUUGCGAAUGGUGAAUGCCAUCGGGAGAAAGACAGCAAUGGCGUUCUAUGGGCGUUUUUCUCCAAACCAAAGACCGCCAGUAUCACCACAAGCACCACAAUCGUCUUGAUCUGAGCCUACGCAUUUUUUUAAGUCGAGAGACGCAUUAGUGUAGCGGGUUUUCCUUGGCUUGGUUCAACGGCUUUACGGCAUUGCACAGGCAUACAUGUGCCGGAGUCUUUCGACGGGCGCAUAACAUCAAGGGCCUUUCAUGAUUGGGUUGGGCUUGAUUGCACCGCAAGGGUGAAAUGAUGGGGUAUUUGCCUUUGGAACAUGAGGAUGAGAAGACCACAGGGAGCAUGGAUGGACGGAUGGAUGGAUGGAUGGAUGGAUUGGAAUGCGGUAGGAGUUUUACUCGGAUUCGGGACAUACAAUCAUAUACAUGUUUUUAAAGCGCAGCUUUUUCCUUCUCUGUCGAACAACAUCUCAACGGGCGCUAGGAGAAUGGGUAGAUACACACGCGACAUUAGCAUAGCUACCUUAAUCAUUUCAUAUACAUAACCUCAAUUAGAUGAUGAUGGAUACUGACUG